ACAAGCCAGGAUGGGCUGCAAUAUGUGUGUGGUGGACAGGCCAGAGGAACAGUACAGGAUCAUGUUCCAGAAGGGAAACACUCUGCGUCCCAUUGAUGCAGAAGUGAAGCUCAAAGGCAGAAGAACAUCUCACCUGUCCCAGGACAAGGAUGGGCAGCCUCAUGACCCUCUGCUGCUUCAAGUGGUACGCAAGGGUCACAGGAGGAGAUUAGGUACGGCUGCUGGCACGGCUCGGCUCAUGGCUAUCACAGACUGCAUGGACAACGGCACCCAGACCGACAUUAGCUUUCAGAACUUCCUGAAUGGGGACAGAGGGUCUUACCCAAGUAGUGGAUCACCAAUGCCUCCACCCUCCCCUCCCCUCGCCCAACUGGUGGAGCCGUACCUGCUGAAUGACCUUGGUUCUCUGGGGCAGGAAUAUAAUGAUCCAAAAGACUACUUCAAUGUGGCUAACCAUGAGGUGGAUCAACAAGAAGAGCUGGAAUAUGAGGAGGUGGAGCUGUACAAGUCGAGUCAGCAGGAUAAACUGGGGCUAACAGUCUGUUACCGGACAGACGACGAGGAAGACCAAGGCAUCUACGUUGGAGCAGUGAAUCCAAACAGCAUAGCAGCAAAAGAUGGAAGAAUCAGAAAGGGGGACAGAAUAUUACAGAUAAAUGGGAUGGAAGUUCAGAACCGAGAGGAAGCGGUGGCCAUCUUGACCCGUGAGGACAGCACCAACUUCUCAUUACUGCUGGCAAGACCAGAGAUAGAGACGGACACCCAUUUGGACCCAGAGGAGCUUGAUUGUGAGUUACCUGUAGAGAUGAGUGUGGACAGCCUAAAUACCUCACAUCUGUCCGGCCUGUACCAUUUCCGCCAAAAGAGAACCCAAGCAGGCAUUCCUGAAGAAGCCCUACACCGGGAGACACCCAUGCUCAGCCUAGCAACCCUUAGCAACAGUCAGGAGCUCGACAGUGGUGUGGGCCGCACUGAUGAGAGCACAAAGAAUGAAGAGUCCUCUGAGCAUGACAUCCUGCUGGGCGAUGAGCAGACCAGCGCCUCCAACACAAAUGCCACCAACACACCUGGCAGCUUGCGCAAGUUCAGGCCCAGCAGGAACAGUGGAGGAGGGAGCGACACGCCAUCUCCACUGUUCCCUCUCCGAGAGCUCCACCUCAGCACGGACUCACUGGACUGUGGAAGCGUGGGCGGAGGGUACCUUCACGAUCCCAUCAGCGGGAUGAUGAUGCCGGGUCUGACAGAGGAGGAAUGCGAGAGGUACAGGCAACUUCUGGAAAUCAAGUGUCGUUAUGAAAAGAGGAUGAAGAAAGUGCCGCAGGUUCAAGAAGGAAAGCAGAAAGAAGGAGAGGCACAAAAGGAAGAUGAGAAUAGGGAGAGGGAGGAGACUCUGGAUGAAAACAGUAACGAGAACAUGACUCGACACGAGAUGGCGCUUUUGGAAGAGGAAAUGAGACAUCUCGAGUUUAAGUGCCGGAACAUUCUACGGGCACAGAAGAUGCAGCAGUUAAGAGAGCGCUGUUUGAAAGCCUGGCUGAUGGAGGAAGAAACAUCUGGGCGGGCAUCUGCAGAACCUCAGGGAUCUCCACUGCAUGAGCUAUCCGACAUCAACGAACUUCCUGAGAAGGAACGGUCAGACAAGGACAGCACCAGCGCUUACAACACUGGGGGAGAGAGCUGCAGGAGCACGCCUAUGGUGGGUGAGCAUCGACUUCCAGUUUCUCAGCUGGAAGAGUCAACGAGCCCUCUGCUAAGUAGACACAAGGAUCGACCGACCUGGUGUGAAAGGGGACGAGCAAGCCUCAGCGGUUCAUAUUCACCAAGCAGCUACAAGAAGUUUCAGACUAACACCCCUUUGAACCAGAAAUACUACUCACUCUCCAGAGAAGGAACCAUCCGUCGCAUGCCUGAGGGAGUGACACACGGUGGCAAUUCUAGGGUGAGCAGCCAUGACAGGAAUGGUGGUCGUAGUGCAGAGUCAAGUCCUUACUUCACUCGACGCCGUCAUUCCAACUGCUUCACUCCAGAACGCUACCAGAGUUGCAUGCAUCUGGGAUCUUCAAUUUCUGAGAGUUCCGAACCUUUGGAUAGAGCCGUGGAAGGAGAAAGUGAGGCACCAAUGGGUGGCAGUGACCGUGAGGGCCAACGGAAUGGCACUUUUGGGUCGCUGCCUCACCCCAGCCCAGUGAAGCUUUCUCUGGCUUUACCUUUGCCGCUUCCCCCUGCUUCACCACGCAUGGAGUGGAAGGUGAAGAUCAGGAGCGAUGGGACUCGCUAUGUGGCCAAACGUCCCGUCCGAGACCGACUCUUGAAAGCCAGAGCAAUGAAGAUCCGUGAGGAGCGUAGUGGAAUGACAACUGAUGACGACGCAGUGAGCGAAAUGAAGAUGGGACGCUACUGGAGCAAAGAAGAGCGCAAGCAACAGCUUUUGAGGGCCCGUGAGCAGCGCAGACGCAGAGAGUUUAUGAUGCAGAGUCGUUCAGAAUAUCUCCGGGAUCGUGGUGUGGACGUGGGCAAGGAGAGCCAGUCAGAGUCAGGUCAGAACUCAGCCUCAAUCUUAGAGCUCAGUCAGAAAAAGAGCUCCAAGAAACGCAAUAGACGCAUACUGGACAACUGGAUCACCAUCCAAGAGCUACUGGCACAUGGCUCUCGCUCUCCAGACGGGACAAAGGUGUACAAUCCUCUUCUGUCCGUUACCACAGUUUGAAAUCAAAGGAUGGUGAGGAAGGAUAACAGAAAGGGAAUCUAUUUUAUCCAAUUACUAUCUUGAACAGUUCUCAACUGUUCAACUCACAUCAUUCCACUUUACUAUUAUGGCUGAGCAAUGUUUAGCAUCUAUCACCCUCUUUAAUUGAACAUUAUCAUACUCUGAAGUCCUUAAUAUCUUAUGCUGUGAUGAUUCAUGUGAAUGUACAUUUCAAAUCAAAAGACUAGUUAAAACUCAAGAAGUUUUUUGGGUGGUGGUACUCUCAAGUUCUUGGAAAAACUUGAUUUUCUUGAUUACUGAAUGUGACAUUCUCAAUAUACAUUACUGAGACUCCUCUGGGGUCAAGCAUAUAUGCUUUAAAGAAUUUCUGUUUAACUGUUUAAACUAAAAGACAGCACAGUGUGGAAGUUUAUGAAUGUUGACUGAACGUACACAGACAAGCACAACAGACACACAAACUGCACACAGACAGACAGGUCUCUUUGUGGGGUUGAGCAGGAAAACUGAGCAGGAAAGCAAAUAUACAGAACAAAUUGAAUUCAUAUGGUAAUUUCCUCUUAGGUGAACCAAAAGAAAAGCAAUUCUUGAUUUUCAUUGACAAUAGCAGGAUUGGAUAACAAUAAUACUUUUUUACAAACUUACUGCUCUAACUACAGCAUAAGUGCUUAACCUGUGCAGACACAAUCAUUCUUAACUUUUCUACGUGGAGACGUGGUGCUGAACUGAGAUUUGUACUGCUUAUUUGUGACAGUCUGAUUACACUAGUCUCCUGUACUUUUAUCAGGACCCAAAUAAGACAAAAGCACAAUGUGAGCCACAUUAUGCUUUUUAAUUUUGAAUGUAUUGUAAUGUUUUUCCCUAAAACCCCCAAGUCAUCGCAUAGAGACUUUCACAAGCCUAUGUGGCCUAAUGGGAACACAUACUGAUCACCAGCAAAAGUGGAAGCACAAAACACUCCAGGAUCCUGAAAUAUAACCAGCUACAAAAUGAAAACAGUUUGUACAUUUUAAUAUACUGUUAUAAGGAGCAUUUAACCUGAAGUGGUUCACACAACAGUGUAGCAAACGAGCUAAAAAAUGAAAGGAUAUUCUUCUUAAUAAACAAAUUAUUGAUAUACAAAUUUGUUAGCAUAUUAUAGCAAGUGUUUAAAACUGUUUGAAGAUUUUGUAGAACAUGGCCUUAAGAGUUUUGACCAGUUUGGUGAUGAAAGUCACUUGUUCAGCUCAACUAAUUUUGCAUGACUUUGACUAUGAUUUUGACUAUAUUGUACAUGCCAGAAACACAAUGAACUUUAGUGGAAAUUUAACUUCCAUUUCUCAAAUGUAUGUGACCAGAGUACUUUAUCCAGCAUCAUUUGUCAUUUCUGUCUAGGUGUUAGAUAAAAUUGUAGAAACCUACAGUUGUACUCAUUCGGUACCUACCUGUUGACUGAUAUCAAUAGUCCUAAUUAUACAAUGUGUAAUGUGCAUUAGUUCUUGAGUGGUUAUUUCAAUGCAUUGCAGAGACGGUAUAAAAAAUAUAACAUUUUAGACAAAUAAAACGAUUUUGUAUGCUUAA